AUGUCCGAAGGCACCCGGCCCAAAUACGACAACCUCCCAGGCAUUGAUACAGCACCCGAUAUUUACGAGACCCCCGAUCUCGCUGAGGAUGUUUCGACCAUUCAAGCCUCCACCGCUGUUUCCGAAUCAGACGGCGACGACGACGACGAUGAGCCAAACCGAUCUGCAGUGAAUCACCGGCGACUUCAGACGGAUCAAGCCCGCAGUCGCUUCCAGCCUUCAAGGGUAGAUGCACACGGUGUCGACUUCUCAGACAACGUCGCUGCACAGCGUCGAUCAUACCGGACAUCCACACAACGCCGGCGGCGGAGAGGGGAAAUAAUAGGUGAUGACAGCGAUGAGGAGGAGGAGAGUUUUGCCAGGAAGCUUCUGAGGUUGAAGCACGAGCUGGCUGGCCUGGAGCACGAGUAUGAGCAGAGACUGGCAAGCGGUGACAAGUCGAAAAUCGAAGAGCAGGACCCCAAAGAGGUAAUGGACAUACUCUCAAGCAAGGUGGACGUCAUUUAUGCGGCGCAUAAGGGAGGCGCACGUGGUCCAGAGGCGAUUCUCGAUCGGACAGUAAAAAAGUUCGACAGUUACAAGCCCUUCGACCCGAGUCGGCAUAUCAGCAGGGCAAUCGAGAAUCAACCACCGCUACCAGGAACGCAAAUACAAAAGGGUCAACUCGAACUUGUGUUGAAAAAGGCGGCAGAAUUUGAUCAACGCAUUACGCAACUGGAAAACAGCCUGGGCUUGAGUGGGAACACAAUGCCAGAGAUAAGCGAGAGCUCUACGUUCCCAGUCUUCACCACCUUGACGAGGCUGGAGCAGACACUCGCGUUGAUUGGAGACGCUUCGUCAAACAAUGUGGAGGCUGCAUCGCAGCAAAUCAAGAAACUCACAGCAGAAGCUGAACACCUCAAGGAAGUCAGGGAAGAGGCUGCACAAACGGGCUCAAGCUCUGCAGAUGGCAUAGCCGUAACAUAUCCAGACCAAGAAGCGAAAAUAAACGCGCUCUACGGAACGCUACCCUCAAUCGACAAGCUAUCACCAGCACUUCCCUUGAUGCUUGAGCGAUUGCGCACAUUACGCCAUGUACAUACAAGUGCGUGGCAAGCGGACCAGGUUUUGACUGAAUUGGAGCGUCGCCAAUCGUUACAAGAGGGGGAGAUCAAGAAGUGGGAGCGACAGCUGGUAGUAAUAGAACGCGAUGUCAAAAAGAGCGAAAAGGCCAUGGUCGAUAACAUCAAGGUUGUUGGUAACGACGUCAAGAUGCUCGAGGAGAGGGUAGCAAAGCUACUUUCAGAUGCGCCCGGGCAGUGA